GUUCUGAAGAUAACGUGUCUCCUAGUGCUGACAAACACGAAACCUCUCGGUUACAGACUAAAACCUGCUCUGAGCUUGACACAGACAGGAAAACAUCUGCCACAUUUAAACACAUUUCCGAAAUCUCCAGUAAUGAGGUUGGCCUGCAGGACAGCUCACAGGCAGACAGCAUCCAGGCCAGCCAGGAAAGCCUGUGCUGCAGGAUCGUUACAUCAGCCCCUGAGGAGAGGAAACCCCAAACCUCCAGACGCUUGAUGAAGCUGAGGAGACGGACGACGGCUCUGGUAUCGGAGGAAAAGAAAUCAGUGGAUAACGUGCAUCUAAUCAGCACUGAAGAAACGGUGAGAAAUCAGAUCGCCAGCGCAGAGGAACUGCGGUCACCAGUCUUCAGGAGAAGCAGCGUCUCGAGCGCUGAGGAAGGCGCUCACAGAGCACCCAGACCAGCACUUGUGCAGAGAGAAGGAAACAGCUCCACUCCUCCUGAUGCAGCCUUAGGAACCGUACAAGACGUGAUUGAAUUCGGUGUUCCCCCAGGAGCGCCUGAGCUGUCCCCAAGUGCGCUGAGGGACAGCAGCGGUGUCUGGCAGCCUGAGUCGCCGGGUGCUGUGGCCACAUCUGAUAACUGUGAGCCUGCAUGGCCGUGUUCAGAGAACGGUGACUCUGUUUUGCCUGACACCAGUGGUGAGGGAGGAAAAGCAUCCUCCAGUAUAAUAAAACAAAUGGAUGGUGAGAGCACAUGUGAAGAUCCGGGAGAAUUACAGAGGCUUUUGGAUUUAAUGUCAGAAAAUGAAGCGUUGCCUGCUGACAGAAACACCACUGUAACUGAUGAGAGCAAAAGCCAUGAAGAAAGUCAAGGUGACACUAACAACUUAAAUCCCUUUCCUCCAGAUCCUGCUCUGGGCAGUACUGAAGAAGUGUUGAAGAGUCAACAGCUUGACAUUCAGUCAAGAGUUUCUCAUCCAGAAGAGGUGACAGUUCCCGAAAGUGCACUGAGCUCUUGCACGAUGGUUGAAGGGCUGCUCUUUCCAGUUGAAUACUACGUCAGGACGACGCGACGCAUGUCUAAUUGCCAGAGGAAAGUGGACCUCGACGCUGUAAUUCUCAGCCAGCUGGGCAGAAGCAAGAAAGGUCAGCGGAGUAAGUGCAAGCAGAAAGAUGCAAAUUCAGAUUGGCCCUCCCAGGAAAGAGUUGAAGAUGAUCUGGAGUCAGGGGUCAGGCCGUUACCUUUACCUGGUGCAGAAAAUGAUCCAGCAAAUUCAGGUAGUCCUCUGAAAUCCCUUCCUGCGUCCAGUGGUAGCAGCACUUCACUGGGAUCCAUUUCUCAAAGCAGUAUCACUGGCACAAAGCAAGAUCAGAGGCCAACACAGAGGAAGAAAAAGGGAAGAAGAAAGUCUGCCUGCAAGCCCCCUGUGCAUCAGGGGUCGCAGGAGCUCACAGAGAGUUUGGAUCUCAUAACAGCAAGGGGAAGCAGUAGUCUGCUGUCAAAUCAAUGUCAGAGUGGAGAGGAAAACUGUGAGGCUACUCUCAAAAAACCAUCUUCAGGCGAGACAAGGCUGUCUGCUGCUGCAGCUCCUGCGGCUGGAGAGACAGAGGCGACAGGGGCUGUACAGCCCACAAGUGCUGGCCCUCCUGGAGGAAGCCACGUGCUCGGCAAAUGCCGUAAGACUCUGUUAGAACAGGUUCAAAAUCCACGUCAGAACGGCGACUCUCUGCACCCAGGGAAUGAAACUCUUGCCAGCCAUAUGGGAGAACUGGAAGCCAAUGUAACUGCGUGUCGGGCUGAUGAAGGUCCAGUGGAGCACGUGAAGGAGCAGCACAUGCAAGGAGCCUGCAGCGCUGAGCAGCUCCUAGCGAUUCCUGUCCCCCCGCGCCGCUCCCUGCGAUCCUCUGUGAGACAGAGAGGCAGCCAAGUCUCAAAAGAUGAGAGCAGAAGAGGACGUAGCUACCCAACAGGCUCAGAGGGCCUUGCUUCUCCUGGGCUCCCUGCUAUGGACCCCGAUACCUGCGGCUCUCUCUUCUCCUUCCGCAGUCUGCAGUGGUUGGCCCCCACGCUGGGUAUCACAGACUUUCACUUACCGGAUGAGGAAUUUGGACUACUAAAACUGGAGAAGUUAGAAUCUUCCCCUGUGAAUGACUUGGAGGAUUUUGUUCCUAGUGUGUGUGGAGAUGGUGUGGCUUCGGAGGACACACAGGAUGCACAGAUGAAUCCAGAAGAAAGUCUCAAAAGUGAUUUGAUUUCACCUUUCAAGAAUGGAUUGCCUCAGUUACCUCCCUUAGAAAGCCCAGCUUCCAAGAAGGAACUUUCCACCCAUGAGUUGCUGUUUACUCCCAUGGGGACCAUCUUAGCUGGGGCUCCCACGCAGCCCGAGUCUCAGAUUUCCUCAUCUGUUUUCCCCGUGGUGGGUGCAACCCCGGCUGUUUUACCAUCAGUAUCCAGCAAGAUCUUCCCCAGUACACCUGCUGCAGCUCCCUGGCAAGCGAGCCCACCUGCCUCCAAAGGAGCGUCUGCCCGGGGCGAGGAUGAUGGGGAGUGCAAAGACUCUGCCAUUCCACUGCCCUUGGACAGCUGUGGUGCAGGAUCUGCUGGAAAAGAGGAGCAGCAAGGUACAACAUUUCCUUUAGCAGCUGAAAGAGGUCCUUACAAUAGAUCUGAUGAGGCUGUGGCCAUGAAGAAGCAUCAGCAGCCAGAGAGCAAACAGCAGAGACCCUGCAGAGCUUCUCCCGGACAGAAAGAAGAUGUAGCAGAACAGUUGACUCCAGUAGUGCUUGAUGGCCUGAGAGAGGAGAGCCUGGAGCUUGUGUCAAGGCUAAAGGACUCUUCAAGCUCCUGCGCCGUGGAUGUGAGCACCGUGUGGUGGGAAGCAGCUGGCUGCAGGGAGCUGUGCGUGGUGACAGCCUGUGAGAGUUCUGUCUCCCUCUGGAAACCUCUGCCCAACGACUGCUGGGGAAAGGCCCAUACCUGGCAGCUUGGAGAGAUUCCUGUAAUACAGAUCGUUCCUCUGCCGGACACCUGUAAUCUCGUGUGUGUAGCGCUGGGAGAUUUGGAGAUUGGAGAAAUAAGGCUCUUGCUUUAUUCUUCGGAGGAUGACUCAUGCAAGCAAUCACUAGUAAAAACUGGAAACAUAAAAGCUGUUCUUGGGCUGAGGGACAGGAGGUUGGUCAGCAGCAGCAGGACUGUGCAAGAGCAGCAAGUGGAAAUAGCAUUGAUUUCAGAGGCAGGAAGGAGCAAGGACGGACAGACUUUGAUGCCCCCUGAAGAAACUGUUUUAGCUUUUGCUGAAGUAGAAGGAAUGAGAGACGCCUUGGUCGGCACCACCGCGGUGAACAGCGUUGUUGUUUGGAAUCUGAGAACGGGCCAGCUCCUGAAGAAGAUGCCUGUUGGUUAUUCCUACCCAGCUUCAAUCUGCCACCGAGCAUAUUCUGACUCUGGCCUCCUGUUUGUUGUAUUAAGCCACCCACACGCCAAAGAGAGCGAGCCCUGUGGAAACCCCGCGUUCCGCGUGGUCGCGUUCAACCCCAAAACAGCCAGGAGCACGGGGGUGAUGUUCUCCUCCCUGCCCCCCGGGCACUCUGGAAGGUACCUGGAGGGGGACGUGCAGGACACCUCUGCCGCAGCCGUGCUGACC